AUGAAUAUUGAGUUACUUUCGACAUUUCAACAAAAUUAUCCUGAAGAAUUCGAUGGCACACUGGAUUGUGCAUCGAUGGCUGUUUGUUGUGCUUUUAAUAAAGUUGGUUCAAUGUUAGCUGUUGGCUGUUCCGAUGGUCGUCUUGUUAUAUGGGAUUUUUUAACACGUGGUAUAGCUAAAAUAAUUUGUGCUGAUUGGUCACCAAUAUAUUGUAUAUCAUGGUCAAAAAAAUCUGAUCUAAUAGCAACAUCAUCAACAGAUAAUACGGUAUGUAUUUGGUAUACAUCAACAGGUCGUUGUCGUACACGUAUAUCAUGUAUACAAUCACCUAUACUUAAAGUUCAAUUUCAUCCACGUAAUUCAUCUUAUUUACUUAUAUGUCCAAUGAAACAUCCACCUGUAUUAAUUGAUAAUAAUGGUAAACAUACAAUAGUUACAAUUGAUGAUGAACCAAAUGAUAUUAUAUCAACAUUUGAUAGAAAAGGUGAACAUAUUAUAUUAGGUAAUAGUCGAGGUUUAAUUAUUGUUAAAACAUUUUCCGAUUUAAAAACUAUUUCAUCAUUUCGAAUUACGACUGGAACAAAUACAAAUACGGUAUUAAGACAUAUUGAAAUUCCUCGCCGAGGUCAAUAUUGUCUCGUUAAUACAAGUGAUCGAAUAAUUCGAAUCUAUAGCUAUACUGAAAUGUUAUCAUGUGGUAUUGGUCGUGAUCUCGAACCAAAACAAAAACUUCAAGAUCUUGUUAAUAAAUCAUUAUGGCGUAAAUGUUGUUGGUCAGGCGAUGGUGAAUAUAUAUGUGGUGCAUCGUCUCGACAACAUUCAUUAUAUAUUUGGGAAACUGUAUCAGGUAAUUUAGUUAAAAUUUUACAUGGUACAAAAGGUGAAGCAUUAGCUGAUGUAUGUUGGCAUCCAGUACGUCCGAUAAUUGCAAGUAUAUCAAGUGGUGUUGUAUCUAUAUGGUCACAUUCCCAAGUUGAAAAUUGGUCAGCAUUUGCACCAGAUUUUCGUGAACUUGAAGAAAAUGUUGAAUAUCAUGAACGUGAAUCAGAAUUUGAUAUUAAAGAUGAAGAUCGUAGUUUAGAUGGUUUAGAUUAUGCUGGUUCACCGAAUAAACGACAACGUUUAGAUACAAAUGGAAAUAUUAAAAAUGAUGAUGAUGAUAAUAUUGAAAUCGAUGUUGUUACUGAUCAACGUAUUGAAGCAUUAGUAUCAAGUGAUGAUGAUGAUAUUAAUGAUCAACUUAUUUAUUUACCAGUUGCACCUGACAUUGAAGAUCCUGAUAUUGAAUUUCCAACACCUGUAUCUAAUAUACCUAAAACUCGUACAACAAGUCCAUCACUACAAACACGUGUAUCAGCUGAUGAAACAUAUGAUAUUCAAUUAAAAAUUCCACCUGUUCAUGAUGUACAUCCAUAUUUUGGUGGAACAAAACAACCACGAUCAACAGUUAAUACAUUAAUAAAUACUCAAGAUUCUAUAGGUAAUAAACGUGAAAUAAAAAAUCGUCGUAAAGGACAUCAUCAUCAUCAUCAUCACCACCAUCAUCAUCAUCAUCAAUUUCAACAACAAAAUUCUCUUUUACAACAAGAACAAACAAGUCAACAAACAAUUUUAUUACCAAAAUCAAUUGAUGCAGCCGUAGCAACUGUAACAAAUAAUCAAAAACGCUCGUUAGUAACACAAACAUUAGAAACCAAAGGACAACGAGCACGUUCAGCUCGUCUUGAAGGCAAAAAAGCUGCAGCAACAACACCAGUUGUAGUUAAUACACAAACAUCCGUAUCAAUAACGACAACAACAACAACUGAAGAAAUAAUUAGUGCACCACGUACUAAGCGUGGUAGUCAUCAUACACAUUCAAUCGAUAAUGAUGUUGACUUUGUGCCACAUUAA